GUAAAUACACCACAUGCUACAUCUUGCAGAACGACGUUUUCUCCUCCUCGACCUUCUCUGGAGACACUCAAAAUGUCGGGAUCUCCUCAAAUUUACCGUACUAGCACCACGGCGCCGGUCAACAUCGCUGUAAUAAAGUACUGGGGAAAGCGAGAUGUGGCUUUGAAUCUGCCCACGAAUUCGUCCUUGUCUGUCACUCUGUCGCAAAAGUCACUGCGAACACACACCACCGCUUCAUGCUCCGAGUCGUUCUCGGGGCCCGACUCGCUCAUACUCAACGGAGAAAAGGAGGACAUUGAAUCUUCAAAAAGAACACAAGCAUGCCUAAAGUCCCUCCGGUCUUUACGAGAGCAGCUCGAGUCCAAGGACAACUCUCUACCUAAACUGUCCAAGUUGACUCUGCGACUGGUCUCGGCGAACAACUUCCCUACGGCCGCGGGGCUGGCCUCCAGUGCUGCAGGGUUUGCGGCACUGGUCAGGGCGAUCGCCAACCUUUACGAACUGCCUCAGUCGCCCGAGGAGUUGUCGGUCAUUGCGAGACAGGGGUCUGGUUCCGCCUGUAGAAGUUUGAUGGGAGGGUAUGUCGCGUGGAGGGCCGGCACGAACAAGGACGGAAGCGACAGUCUUGCUGAAGAGGUUGCACCCGCAUCCCACUGGCCCGAGAUGAGGGCGUUGGUGCUGGUUGUCAGUGCAGAGAAGAAGGGCGUGCCGUCCACCGCGGGGAUGCAAACUACGGUCGAGACGUCGACACUGGCACCGGCACGGUUCAACGAGAUCGUCCCGCGGAGAAUGAAGGAGAUCGAGAAAGCGAUCCACGACAAGGAUUUUGAGACGUUUGCCCGGAUCACGAUGCAGGAUUCCAACUCGUUCCACGCCAUCUGCUUGGACUCGUGGCCUCCUAUCCACUACCUCAACGACGUGUCUCGUGCAGCUAUGAAUGCUGUCGAGACCGCAAACCGCAAGGCCGGGAAAUUGGUCGCUGCUUACACCUUCGACGCCGGUCCGAAUGCGGUAAUUUACUACCUAGAGGAGCACACUCAUCAGGUCGCUGGUGUCUUCAGAAACAUCCUGCCCAAUACACCUGGGUGGGAAGGGGAGUUUGGUGAUGCUAUCGGCAAGAACGAAUACGGAAGUCUAGAGCAAAAGACUUUUAUGACCCUCAAGGCCGGUGUCAGUCGAGUCAUUUGUACCGGCGUCGGGGGAGGACCAGAAAAGAUUGAUCAGCAUUUGAUCGAUGCAAGCGGAAAUCCUGUGCCAGUUGAUUCGUAAUAAUGACCAUUAAUGCCCAAGGCAAGACUGAGAGACAACUUGG